AUGACGGACCCGACGGAAAGAGUCCCGACGCGCCCACGGGUGACGCCUCCGCCCGCCAAACCACCCCUAGUCGGGGUAACUCCGACACGGCCACCGGGCUCCACGGCGAAACGAGGCGACGCGGAGAAAUUUUGGCGGAAGGCCAUGGCCCGCCGGACCAGGAAUAAUCCGGAAAGGAUCCGCCGCGGGCUCGACGGACCACGACGACCACCGGAGAGUAUCCCGGUGGUGCACCUCUCCGAGGAGGAGAACGAGCCGCCGACCGACGCCACCCCUUCCUCCGCUCCAACCGCCGGGCCCACCAUCAGGCUCGUCGAGGUCUACCCGCGCCAUACCUUCCGGCUGCUGCGACCACAGGGGAGCAAAGGAAGGUCCGCCGUUUCUGCGACCGGGGCCGCUGCCCCGAAACCGGCGGAAGUAGUAGCCGCUCGACCGACCGUUCAGCCCCCGGCACCAAGGAUGAACAGCGCACCGGCCGCCACCACCCCCGGGCCCGUGCCAGCCGUAGGGGACGCCCGAUCCGACCCCGUCUCCUCGGGAAAAACAGCGCCGCGGAUGCCCCGCGACCCAUUUUGCAUACGACCGACGGCACCGAGGGAGGAACGGGACGUGGUGGUGGAUGGGUGCCUGAUCCGGGUGCCCAUCGGCA